GAGACCCCUGCUCUAAGCCUGGAACUUGGGAGGGGGGUGGGGUGUCCCCUUCCUUCAAAGGUGGAAGUUCUGCCAGAAGUGUACCAUGAGGAUAUUUUUUUUAAAAAAAGAAAACAAAUAGCUGAAUUAGUAAUCUUUCUAGUUCUGGCAAGGCAAUUCAGCAGAGGUUCUGUGUACCGAACAAUCCCCAUCUGUGUGCAGAUCCUGCCAAUUAUUAUUAUUAUUAUUAUUGCUGCUUCUGGCAAACAUCUGUAUGGGGCAGGCUACCAAGCAGAUAGACAAGCCUUUUGACCCAAAACAUCUGCUAGAGGUCACGUGAGCAGGACCAGAGGAAGAUCUGCCUUUUUCUCAGGCAAAAGAACUGAGAUUUUCUUUCACCAGAGGCGCGCAACGCGGGGAAGCCGUCCUUGGAUAGCAAAAGGAGUGGGGAAGAAGAGGAGCGGAAGAGGCGAGGGCGAGCCCUUUUCCCAUGUCAUCCUCUUUAGAGAAAGCAGACCCUCGGUGAAAUGCACCAGAAAGGGGUAAAAACAGAAGCGCUCUUCCUACAGCUCGGCUACGUUUUCCAAACUAUACGUCGAGAGGAACGCCAGAAGUAACACGAUCCAGAUGUGCCAACUUGGCAACUGCGGGACGGAGCCUUAACGGAGCAGAGGCGGAUGUUGGGAAGGCUGUAGAGAUGGACCUCGCCAGCAAAGAUUUCCCCUAGUGCUACUGUGGAUAUUUCUUUGAAGUUCCUGGAAAUGAUGAGAGUUCAACUCAGGAGAGAUGCUAUCUGCACACUUUGCCUGGGGAUAGCACUAUUCACCAUGCUCUAUUCCCAACUGGGCCACACGUCCCACCGAGAAGAAAAAGCAGAAGGCCAGAAGAAGACACCAACCACAACUUACAGGGAUUUAUUUCAUGUUCCCAUUUUCCAGGAGUGGUCCAACGCAGAGAGCCGCGCGUCGGAGCCUAGAAUCAUCUCGCCUAUGAAAGAUGCCAAGUUGGAAAGCCAGGGACACCAAGUCACCCCUCCGGCCCUCCCGACUCAUUCCACCUUUGAUUUUAGACUUUACCUAAGGAACAAGGACAACCGGAAAUUCAACCUUCUCAUUAAUCAGCCGAAGAAGUGCACGAGGAGCUCAGAAAGGCCUUUCCUGCUCGUGGCCGUAAAGUCGCUGGUUGAGGAGUUCGACCACCGCGAGAUUGUACGCAGAACAUGGGGGAGAGAAGGUCUGGUGAACGGGAUGCAGGUCCAAAGAGUUUUCCUCCUCGGCGUUCCGAAGAACAAGACGGCACUGCCAACUUGGGAAACCCUGGUCCGUCAAGAGAGCCAGUUGUACCGGGACAUUUUACUUUGGGACUUCCUAGAUACUUUCUUCAACUUGACCUUGAAAGAGAUACACUUCUUAAGCUGGGCUGAUGAAUUUUGUUCCAGGACCAAGUUCAUAUUCAAAGGGGAUGCUGACGUUUUUGUCAACAUGGAGAACAUUGUCAACUUCCUGGAAAGCUGCAAUCCUUCCGAGGACCUCUUCGUUGGGGACACCAUCUACAAUGCACAACCGAUCCGAAUCCGACAAAGCAAAUACUACAUUCCAGAAACAAUGUACGGGCUAGGUAUGUACCCAGCCUAUGCCGGAGGCGGUGGGUUCUUGUUGUCCAUCAGCACCUUGAAGAAGCUUGCUCAAGCUUGCACCCAAGUGGAACUCUUCCCAAUUGACGAUGUCUUCUUGGGCAUGUGCCUGCAACGAAUCAACCUGAAGCCCGUCUUGCACGAAGGAUUCAAGACUUUUGGAAUACUCAAACCUUCUGCAGCUCCCAACCUGCAGACUUUUGAUCCUUGUUUCUACAAAGACCUCAUGGUGGUCCAUGGUCUGAAGAUCGCUGAAAUCUGGCUAAUGUGGAACCUCCUCCACAACCCACGGCUCUCUUGCACCCAGAACAAGCAAAUCAGGAAAGCUUUCCGAUGGAAGAAGACUAAAGACCCUGCCAGAAAUUAUGGUGCCUAAGG